GGCCAGAUGUCUCCUCUCCGGUGCAUGGGGCCCCUCCAGGCCUGGCUGGCUGCAUGAAGGUGGCAAAAGGAUCGGGGCGUUUGGGCUGGUGGUGGGAGCGACUCUGCUCGCGGUGACUGUGACGCGGGUGCCUCGGAGUCAUCGGGAUACCUUGCCCCAGCAAGGAGGAUGUCAAAAGCAUUUCCCGGCAUCAGAUAAACAGUUGGGGCUCGGAAGGCCCUCUGCGGGUGACCGAGCUGCCCGGGAUCGCAGCUUUGAAGUGUGCAGACCUGCCACUGCUAUGGGAGACUCUGUUGUAGACCCAGCCCGAGGGACAGGCUUGGACCAGGCGCCCAGCUCAGCGCCCCAAGGAAAUGGCGGGACAUCUCUCAGCGUCAUCACAGAAGGUGUUGGGGAGCUGGCGGUCAUUGACCCCGAGGUGGCAAAGAAAGCCUGCGAAGAGGUCCUGGAGAAGGUCAAGCUGAUGCAUGGCAUCUCCUCCGACAGCUUAACAAAACCGGCCAAUGGCAGCGAGGCAGAGCGCGCCCCACGGACUGUGGUGGAUUUGGCCAACGGAGAUAUCAGGGAGGGCUGUGAAAUCAAGUGCUUGGACGAUCCGCCCAGCAUGGCCUCUAAGAUCCAGGAGGAUGACGAGACCAUGGCCAACACAGUGAAAACCGCCCGGAAGCGGCAGAAGAAUAACUCUGCUAAGCAGUCCUGGCUCCUCCGGCUCUUUGAAUCCAAACUCUUUGAUAUCUCCAUGGCCAUUUCAUACUUGUACAAUUCAAAGGAACCUGGUGUGCAGGCUUACAUUGGGAAUAGGUUGUUCUGCUUUAGGAACGAAGAAGUGGACUUCUACCUGCCGCAGCUGCUGAAUAUGUACAUUCACAUGGACGAGGACGUGGGAGAUGCGAUCAAGCCAUACAUCGUGCACCGCUGCCGGCAGAGCAUCAACUUCUCCCUGCAGUGUGCCCUGCUGCUGGGCGCCUACUCCUCGGACAUGCACAUCUCCACUCAGCGACACUCCCGUGGGACCAAGCUGCGGAAACUCAUCCUCUCGGACGAGUUGAAGCCAGCUUACAAGAAGAGGGAGCUGCCAUCACUGAGCCCAGCCCCCGAUAUGGGGCUGUCUCCUUCCAAAAGAACUCACCAGAGGUCCAAGUCGGACGCCACCGUUACCAUCAGCCUGAGCAGCAAUCUGAAGCGCACAGCCAGCAAUCCCAAAGUCGAGAGCGAGGAAGAGGAGCUCUCCUCGAGUACGGAAAGUCUUGAUAAGUCAUUCUCUCCCCCUGUCAGACUCGCCCCUGAGAGAGAAUUCAUCAAAUCCCUCAUCGCCAUCGGGAAGCGCCUGGCCACCUUGCCAACCAAAGAGCAGAAGACCCAACGGCUCAUUUCGGAGCUUUCGCUGCUGAACCACAAGCUGCCGGCGCGUGCCUGGCUCCCAACGGCUGGCUUCGACCAUCACGUGGUACGGGUGCCCCACACCCAGGCAGUCGUCCUCAACUCCAAGGACAAGGCUCCCUAUUUAAUCUACGUUGAAGUACUUGAAUGUGACAAUUUCGACACAGCGAAUGUGCCCGCUCGGAUCCCCGAGAACCGCAUCCGGAGCACCCGCUCGGCCGAGAACCUCCCUGAGUGCGGGAUCACGCAUGAGCAGAGGACCAGCAGCUUCACCACCGUCCCCAACUAUGACAAUGAUGACGAGGCUUGGUCCGUGGACGAUAUUGUGGAGCUGCAGGUGGAGCUGCCAGAGAUUCACACCAACAGCUGUGACAACAUCUCCCAGUUCUCUGUGGACAGCAUCACCAGCCAGGAGAGCAGGGAGCCUGUGUUCAUUGCUGCUGGAGACAUCAGACGGCGGCUCUCGGAGCAGCUGGCACACACCCCCACCUCCUUCAAGAGGGACCCCGAGGACCCGUCUGCUGUCGCCCUGAAGGAGCCCUGGCAGGAGAAAGUCAGGAGGAUCCGAGAAGGGUCCCCCUACGGCCACCUGCCCUCCUGGCGCCUCCUCUCUGUCAUUGUCAAGUGCGGGGAUGACCUCCGGCAGGAGCUGCUCGCCUUCCAGGUCCUCAAGCAGCUGCAGUCCAUCUGGGAACAGGAGCGUGUCCCGCUCUGGAUCAAGCCAUACAAAAUCCUCGUCAUCUCCGCCGACAGCGGCAUGAUUGAGCCAGUUGUGAAUGCUGUGUCCAUCCACCAAAUCAAGAAGCAGUCCCUGCUUUCACUGCUGGAUUAUUUCCUGCAGGAACAUGGCAAUUACAAUACUGAAUCCUUCCUGACAGCCCAGAGGAAUUUUGUGCAGAGCUGUGCCGGUUACUGCCUGGUGUGCUACCUACUGCAAGUCAAGGACAGGCACAACGGCAACAUCUUGCUGGAUGCGGAUGGACACAUAAUCCACAUCGAUUUUGGGUUUAUCCUCUCCAGCUCCCCCAGGAAUCUUGGCUUUGAGACGUCUGCCUUCAAACUCACCACAGAAUUUGUGGAUGUGAUGGGCGGGCUGGAUGGGGACAUGUUCAACUACUACAAGAUGCUGAUGCUGCAGGGUCUCAUCGCUGCCCGGAAGCACAUGGAUAAAGUUGUGCAGAUCGUGGAGAUCAUGCAGCAAGGGUCACAGCUCCCCUGUUUCCACGGCUCGAGCACCAUCCGCAACCUGAAGGAGCGGUUUCACAUGAACAUGACAGAAGAGCAGCUGCAGCUGCUCAUCGAGCAGAUGGUGGAUGGCAGCAUGCGCUCCAUCACCACCAAGCUCUACGAUGGCUUCCAGUACCUCACCAAUGGCAUCAUGUGAUGGCCGCGGGCCUCCCUCUCCCAGACCAGCUCUGUGCCCGCUGCCGUGCCCGGCCCAGGCCUGAGCUUUGCCCCGGGGAAGAGGUCUCGGUCCUCGAUGGUUAAAAAAAAAAAGGAGGCUGAGUCUCAGCAUCUUCCUGGGGCUGCUUUUGCCAAGACUCCUCAACAAAAUGAAAUGAAAAAAAACCUGAAGCAGUCGAAGCAGGAAAAAAACCCACUCCUGAAAAAUCAAAGCGAAAUGGAUCACGCGGUAACCGUUGCUGUCAUGCAAGCGCAGGGUCUGGCAGUGGCCGGGUGAAAGCCAGCAAAGGGCCUCAGGACGUGGGGGUAGCGCUCGCCCCCACGCUGCUGCCUCUUCCUCCCAUCAGUAUUACGCCCAUUGGUGUCCUGUGAACUCUCCCACAAUCUCAUGAAAUGUUUGGGACCGGGUGGGGGUGGGCCUGGCCCCCACCCUUUGGCAUCUGCUGUGACUUGACCCUUCUGCCAGUACCACUUGAAGGCAGCGGCGGUGAACCCUGAUGGCCCUUCCCUGCAUGUUCCUCCACUGCGGCCUCAGCAUUCCACCCUUGGCCC